AGUGUUGGUCAAUUCCCGCUGGAAGAACAGCUGCGCUUGUGCCACACCACCUCAUUUUCCAGCUAUACACACAAACCACGGAAUCAAUUAGCCCAGUCGUCAAUGUGGCGGGCUUUAGCACAAGCGGCCAGAGGAGUUACAGUGUCCAUCGAUUGCGGGCCUAGAGGAUUCACGCUGACGCAGCAGCUAUUGCGACAUUCCAAGGGCAGCAGGCACAUAACCACCUCCACCUCCAGCCGUAACCAUCAACCACCUAGCAAAUACGGAAACAUGAGCGUUGAGAAGCCAAAGGUUGUGUUCGUUUUGGGUGGACCGGGAGCCGGAAAGGGCACGCAAUGCUCCAAGAUCGUGGACCGCUUCCAGUUCACCCAUUUGUCCGCUGGCGACCUGCUGCGAGAGGAGCGUUCGCGCGAGGGCUCCGAAUUCGGCAUGCUGAUCGAGGACUAUAUCCGCAAUGGCAAAAUCGUUCCCGUCGAGGUCACGUGUUCGCUGCUGGAAAACGCCAUGAAGGCGUCGGGCAAGUCGCGUUUCCUCAUUGAUGGUUUCCCCAGGAAUCAGGAUAAUCUGGACGGCUGGAACCGCCAGAUGUCCGAGAAGGUGGAUAUGCAGUUUGUCCUGUUUUUCGACUGCGGCGAGGAUGUGUGCGUCCAGCGAUGCUUGGGCCGAGGACAGAGCGGCUCUGGUCGGUCCGAUGACAACAUGGAGAGCCUAAAAAAGCGCAUCCAGACGUACAACAACGACUCUCUGCCGAUCAUCAAAUUCUUUGAAGCCGCCGGCCAGGUGAAGCGAAUCGAUGCCAGUCCAGAUGCAGACAAUGUUUUUGGUGAGGUGGAGCGUGUGUUCCUGGCCAGCGGUUUCUAAUCUAGGCUAUGUCAAUUACUUCCGGUCAUUUGGCUUACUUCCGGUUCUGUGUGUAGUGUUAUCUCUUAAAUUUUCAUUUGUACCCCUCCAAAUAUAUAUAUACGCUUGUUACUAGUAAAA